AUGCCGGAAGCACGAAUAAGUGAGCAGGCGCAAUUAUUGGAGUGUACUUCAAAAGAUUUUGAUGCACCGAGCCGACGGAAAAUCGUGUUCUUCGAUUUGGAUAAUACCUUGAUACCUACGUCGUGGAUCAUGCAGCACUGGAGAAACGAUGAGAAAGACAAACCUCAUCAACAGAUUGUACGAGAAAUCAACGAAAAAUUGACGAGGGCUGGCUUGUUUGACGCCCUGGAUAUGAUGUUACAUCGCGUAUCCAAAACCGUUGAUAGGAUAUAUAUCGUGACUAAUGCUGGGUCGAAGACUGUCGAAAAUUUCUACCUAACACAUACUCUACCACAACUGCGAGAUCUGCUCAGGAGACACAGUGUAUCACUUGCAAGCACCGAAGAAUGGGUCGUGCGAUCGGGACCUCCGCCCCACCCGGACGAAGAUGAAGCCUUCAGAGAAUUCUACACUGGUGUCAAGUUUUCGGAAUUCAAAGAGAACGUGGAAGCCGCCCUCGACUUGUGGGAGCAUGACUCAAGAGUUGACGUCAUAUCCGUUGGAGACCAGAUGUGCGAGAUUUCAGCUGCAUGCAGGCUCGGACGUAUUUUCGCGGGUGACAUUAACUUGAUCAAGUUGGUGUUAAUUUUGGAUCCAUCAAACGCCCGAUUUAGUCACCAGACCCCUACCCAGUUUGUUAAGCAUAUAGAGCACUUGGCUGACCACGUAAUGUGGCUGGCCAACUACGAUCGCAUUACCACAGUGGCCGACCGUGGCUUUAGCUUCGAGACUGACACGAAAGACAUAGAGGCGAGUGGGCAUGCCUUUUGGAUGCCCAUGCCCAACUGCUUUACCUACGCUAUUGGAAAGCACGACAUGUUCCCGGGCGACUUCCCCCCUUACUUGCCAUUGAACUACACUUCGGUGGAGUACAAAGAGGUUCCUCGCGAGUACUGGGUCACUGUGGGGCAUUCGUGCAUGACGGACCGUUCGUCGACGGCGAGUGAUUCGUUAGUGGAUGCGGAGGUACCCCACAAGCUCACCACCACGCAAUCGGACUCGGAGGUUGCGUAG